GCCGGAGAAGCUUGAAGCUUGAAGCAGUCGGUGCUCGGUGUCAGUGCUCUGCUCACUCAGUACGCAACGGAGACGCGCUAGUGGAUGUGGUAGUGCGUGUGUGCGUCUCCAAGCUCCCCGGGCUUUCCAAGUGAGUUUUGUUCGUCUUCAAGGAGCUCUCGGUUUACAACCCUCAGCAUCACAGAAGACAGAAGGCUCGCUAUCUUAGAUUUGAUGGGAUCUACAGCGUUUUGUAGUUAUCGUCCCAUACAUACUAAGAAGCGUUCUUUAUGUUGAUGACGGUGUAGGCUACCUCACAGGAAGAAAAUCCAAAUGUUUGCAGCCCCAUUCGCGCCGGCACCGAUGAAGCAAUACGUUACCAACGAUUCAUGGUUCACAUAGAGAUCCCGGCUCCAAAAUGCCAAUUACAGCAGCAGCAGCAGCAGUUGCCGAAAACACCAAUCGCAGUGCCUAAAAAGAAGAGCGUUUGCUCAGUGCUGGCUGCAGCAAUCGACUCUAAAACCCGCAACAGCAUGUGUCCCAAUGACAGCGCUCCCUCGCUGCAGCCCUUGUUACCACAAAGAUGGGACUCGCUAUUCGACAGCGAAGCGGGGAGCGACGUUACCUUCCUGGUGGGGCCACACCCCGAGACAUGGCGCUUCCCCGGCCACCGGGCCAUCCUCUCUGACGCCAACCCCGUCUUCCCGAUGCUCAACGGACCCCUGGCCGACUCCGGUCCCACCGUCGCCAUUCACGAUGUUGAUGGACGUGCCUUCGAUCAUUUGUUGAGGUUUUUGUACAGAGAAGACGUGCACCUGCAAUCAGUAUCGACUGCACUGGCGACUCUGUACGCGGCGCACAAGUACCUGUGCGCAGGUCUGAUGCGCACCUGCAUCACCUACCUGGACGACCACCUGACGGCGGCAACGGUGCUGCAGAUCUACCAGCACAUCCGCAUGUAUUGCGACGUGCACCCGGCGCGCCGGAAACCUGAGGAGAAGUGGGAGGCGUCGGCGCCCCCCCUCGACGACAACAUCCACAUGAUGACCUGUCUCUGCUCCGACCUGCACCACAACUGCCUGCAGUUCAUCGACGCCCACGCCGACAAGGUGCUGGCCGAGGAGAGUGUGGAGGACGUGACACUGGAAGCACUCAGGGAGAUCAGUCAGAGGGACUCGCUGAUGCUCUCCUCGGAGGCGGUGCUGUUCUCGGCUCUGGAGCGCUGGUGCAACCGCGAGUGCAAGCGGUGCCAGCUUGAGCUGUCGGCUGAGAAUCGGCGAUCGGUACUCGGAGAGGAGCUGCUCUUCUCCGUCAGAUACCUGCUGAUGACGUCACAGCAAUUCCUGUCUGGCCCAAUGCAGAGCGGUCUGCUCGACCAAUACGAGACGACCGUCCUGCUCGGCCACAUCCUCAACUCUCCCGUCUCGGCCAGUGCGCAGACUCUCACUCAGUCGGUCCUCGACCACCUCAAGCGGUCCCGCCGGCUGUCAUGUGAUGCUCCCAUCGUGCUUAGCGACAGGUCUGCUCUGGCACUCAAAACAAACCUCAAAACUAACAAAAAGAAUUCUAAAACAAAAAAGAAAAGCAAACAGAAAAAGCAGAAAGAGACUGAUGGUUCCCCUAAAAAGAAAUGCACCAGCUCGUGCUUUUUCGAGUAUGUUAUUGGGGCCCUAGCUUGCCUAUUCGAUUGACUCCCACCUAAAUCAUCAAUUAUUAUCAUACUAGACUGUGUUAGCUUCAAGCCGCCGCAUCUACUCUCAAACGUAAUAUUUACAAUGAGAUUUUUUAUUCCUAUUAGGGUAAAUAUUAGAGAAUUCGUUUAGAAUUAUAUUUUAUUUUAAUUUGUGGUUCCUAGGUUUGAAAAUUUUUAGUUGCUGUAGCAAAUUGUGAUCCAAGUGGCAGCAAUUCGUAUUUCCAGUGGAUUAAUACAAUUGUUGUAUUGAGAGAAUAGAUUCCAACUGGGAAAGAUAAUGAAUGAAUUUAUGAAAAGAAAGUCUACAUUCGGUAUGUCUUUGAUAAGUUCAACCACAAAAGGAGGAGCCCGUCCUUUCGGGUAAUAUGUUCUUUCAUUAGCGGUUAAACGGACUGCACUUCCUUCUUAUUUAUCUAGAACUGAAAAUUUUGUAUCUCAUUGUGAUUUUUAAAUUUCUCAAGUUGGGAAUUGCUAUUUCUGUUUGCUUCUAAAUACCCCCUCUAGAAUAAAAUAGUAUAAUAUUUGAAUCGACCAAAGCAUUAAAUACUUUUAGCUUCUAAUGAUAAUUAGUUGAUAUCUAUUGCAUAUACUAACUAACGAAACAAAUUCUGACGAACUUGAUUCACUUGGAUACCAUUAGUGCUUGUAGGAUUUCUGGUAAAAACAUUGUAAUAUUCUGAGCAAAGCCAAUAAUAAGAAAUGCACAACUUAGACUAAAAAAUAUAUAUUAUCAAUUAGUUAAUGCUUUUGAAACUAUAAUUAGUAGUGCCUUCCACAACUAUAGCAUUUUUUGAAAGUAUUGUAAUUGUUCAGCCAAUAGUCAAAUAGUUUAAGAUAAUACUACCCAGAGUGAGAUGGAAUAGUUUAAAAUGAACAUUCUAUGAUAAUUGAACGGAAUGUUGUCCUAUAUAGUAGGCCUAUACAGAAUUUUAAAAUAUUGUUUCAGAUUUUAGAAUGUUGUUGCAGAUCGGAACCACUCGAUGAAUUUAAAAUUUCAAAUAACUUACUUUUCAAAAUACAAUUCUCUGACAAAAAAAAACAAUAAAUGACUAUGGGUUGACAAAAAUUAAUCGUUAGCAUUUCUAUCGACUCAGGAAAUUAAUUUUAUAGCAGAAUGAAGAAUAUUAAGAUAUGAGACAAAACCAAAAGUAUUUUAUAAAUGGAUUUCCUUUAAGAUCAAUAUUUCAUUUUUCUCAAUAUUCAUGAUUUAUUUCUGUCAUCACUAAAUUGUUUUUGGAACCGUGUUGUAAGAGACAGAUGCUAUUUAUGAGAGGUAUGAGUUUUCCAUCUGGAGAGAACGCGGUGAUAUAUAACUCUUCAAAUGGCUUAGAAUGUAAUGUAUUCUUAAAAUAUAUUUUAAAAGCAAAACCUUGGUAUGCAUAGGUUUAAAAAUGUUGUCAGUCAACUGUGCGUACAGCAGUAUAAACAAUCACUCGUUAUUUUCUAAAGCAAGUGACAUCAAAUGACUCACUAAAGAAAACAGUUUGUUCUUGUUAAUUGUUAUAAAUAUUAUAAAAGAUUUUAUUUCGGUGCUAUCACCAUUCGUUUUAAAACUUGUUGUAAAUGUUGGUUCAUAGAAUGCUUAAUCUGUAUGGUAAAAUUGAUAUAUUAUUCUUCAAUCCAUUAUGAUAAUGUAAUUAUGAAAUUUGUUGGUGACAUCCAAUUAUCUAUUUUCAACAAAUUGAGCUAUUUUUAUAAAUUUGGCAGUUCGCAGUUCAUAUUGGAAACAGUACUUUUGCCUUAUUAUAUUACAUAAUAAUAUUAUAUUAUUAUAUAAUUAUUACCUAAAAAUUUGAAGAAUUGCCAAAUUGAAUAAUUUAUUACACUACCGGUACUGAAAUUUGUCUUCAAAAAUAUAGAUUUGUUGAUGUAGAAGUACUGCACCCUUAAAGCUUCAACCAUAACAUUGUUUUCGUAUUUAUGAUUCAGUAAUUGGUUGCCAAUAUCUUAGUAUAAUCUACUCUAUUAUUUUUGUAAAGAGAAUUCGGUCUUAGCCAUCCAAUAACUUUAUCAAAUGGAAUAAGAUUGAAAACUAUAUUAUGGCUGAUCUAAUCAAGAAGUUCUCAAUCAGGUAUGAAACCAUGAAUAAUUACGUUUAUAUACGUAAUUGGAAGAAUAACAUGGGAUAAGACAUUGAUAUCGUUUAGGAAAUUAUGGUUCGAAAUUUGAGAUGAAGCAAAAAUUAGUUCAUGAAAUUGACUUGUGAAACAUUUUCACAAAUAUGAAAGAUAUCGAAGAAGUCGUACUUUGUUUACUAAAUCCACUUUGAUAUGGAAUAGUAUAUCUUACCAUAAAUAUUUGUUCGAUAAAAAAGUGUCUCUUAAAUAGAAUUAUUGGGGUUGUCGUACUGUAAGUAUUGAUUUAUUUUACUGAAGGACGAUUAUGUGAUAAGAAUGAUCAAGUAGGUAGUAUAUGAAUAAUGUAUGUUAUGUGUUAUUCUAAUUUGAGAUUACCUGUAUAUAAACCAAAACCACUUUUGUUGUCAGUUAGGUUCCAGUAUUUUUGAGCUUUACGAUUGUAUUAAAAAAAUUCUUAUUGAAUUACUGAUUAAUUUCAUUAUCAUCAUCAUAAAUAGCAUAUUAAUAGGAUGUAUUAAUGAGCAAACCAAACAAUUACGUUAGAUAUAGAUGGUUCUUCUUACUUACAGUACUCAGUAUUAAUCAAGUUUGUAAUCAAUUACAAUUUUUUACAAGUUUUCCAAAUUGAGAAGUGGAGCUCACUGCUCAUUGAGUACAUGCCACUUCCAUCAAUGAUUUUUUCGACUUUAAUAAUAACUUGAUUCUGACACUGAAAAAUUGAAAUAUAAUAAUCCUAAAAUUACCAUUAAUAUGUAUGAUCUAUCUGAAAAAAAUUACAAGUCAUAAGUUUGAACUGUAGAGAGCUCAUUCAAGAAUGUAACAAAUUCCAGUUACCACGAAAUUUUUAACCAAUCUUAUUUAAGGUUUGCUUACUAAGGUUUAAUAAUGUCAACUACGGUACGAAGAUACCAAAAACUUAGAAAAAUAAAUUUCAUAAGAAUUUCUUAUUGAGUUCAUUUAGAAAGUCAGAAUGUGGGAAUAAAUUACAAAUUUUCGAACAUCAAAGCAAGAAUCUCUCAAUUUUCUUGAACAAUUUGUCUAGUCAUUACUUUUAAGUUAUUUUUUAUUUAGCUCGUAUUGUUGGAAAAAUCUUUGUCUAAUUACAUAGCGUUGUGUGUUUGUAUUUUUCAUACUCAUUUUUUGAGAAUAAUGAAAUUUAUAGAACAAGUGAUUUUUGUGAUUGAUGAGAUUCGAAAUACAUAUUGAAUUCAUUUUGAA